GUCACUGUCAGUGCGAACUGCCAAGAGAUCUUACUGCUAGUAAGCGCGGGCGCGGCGUUUUCCUACGGUCGGCUUAUGAGCCUCAAGUAGCGUAGUUGUGUACGUGUGACCUUCGAUUAACUAGAUGGCGCUGCACGAGACGCCGAUCACUAUGCAGGCCGUCUUGCGCGAGCCUGCUGGGCCGGGAUUAGCGCCACGAGCUGAACCAGAGGAAGAUGAUUUCGAGGAAUUGGAGGACUUCGAAGAUGCCAGUGACGAACAAUCUGUCCCACCCACUGUGGACCUGCAUACUGCCUUGGAAGACUGCGAGAGAGCCAUGACGUUAUUCUUCAACAAUCAAAUUGAUGAAGCCAUCGCUAUUAUGACUCCAUGGAAAGAUACUUCUCUUUACCACGCACACGGUGCAGCUAUAUUCGAGUUCAUCCCAGCCGUGUUGACUCUAGAGCCGGCACAGAUUCAAAGCGCGCACGCGGCUCUGCGCCAUACGUUCACCCUGUGCGCUCGUAUGCGCAGAAACUAUACCUUCGUACAAUCUAUCGGCGCCAUUAUCAAAAAGCCCAACUAUGGUGGUUACUCCGAGGAAGAGGCACACGCGGAACUCGUUCACGCAGAAGCUCUGCUGCUGCUGGCGUGUCUUGGCAGUCUCGAGGGAGAAGAGAUGACAGGCUUCGUUCGCGCUUCACUGCGGAUUAAAACGUCUUUUAAUGCCUAUAGAAACUGCGCCAAGAUUUUGGAAAAGAAGACUUGGGAGAGCGAAGAGUCCCAUACUCACUUCGAAAGCGGAGUGCGUCUUGGACUCGCCACUUUUAAUGUUAUGAUUGCACUACUACCACCGAAGGUGAUAACCCUGCUCGAGUUCGUUGGAUUCACUGCUGAUAAGGAGAAAGGCAAAUCCGAAUUAAUUACUGGUGCGCGAUCUCCUGGCCUUCGAUCCGUACUCUGUGAACUAACGCUGCUAGUGUACUUCCUCAUUAUUGGCCACUUCGCUGCUAUACCUCCUGACUUCAUUAUGGCCGAACAGUUGAUAAGCAAUGGCCUUAGACGAUACCCGAAUAGUUUGUGGUUCAUAAUGUUCAAAGCUCGAAUGCAAAUGUUAAGCGGAAUGAUCGAAGAAGCCGUCGAUACAUAUGAAACGGCGUCCCAUACAACAGACAUGUGGCCGCAACUGAAACAUCUCACGUACUGGGAAAUGAUAUGGGCGUUCGCAAUGAUGAUGAAAUGGUCACAAGCAGCAUUUUACGCUUCCAAACUAGCUCGUGAUAGCAAAUGGUCGAAAACUAUAUACAUGUACACUCAGGCCGCAAUGAAUCUUGAACGAGGACACCUGGUCAGCAUCGAGGAACGCAAGCACAAUGCCGAUCUUCUUCUGAAUGCAUCAUGUUAUAGACAGCGGUUGUUGGGACGUUCUCUGCCAAUGGAAAAAUUCGUGAUUCGGCGUUGCGAACGAUGGGCUCGACGAGGAUACCUGGUGCUUCCCGGCGUAGAGAUGGUAUGUUUGUGGAAUAUGUUUCCAUCUCUCGCCGCCGAGCCCCACUUCGCCGACCGCAUGUUAAAGCUCAUCGAACAAACAAGUGACGAAGUCCACAACGUCAUGAAUUCAGAAUUCGGUAUAGAUUCAGAGCGCCGGUACAUUCCGGUGUAUGACUUCGACGACGUAGCGCUGAUUCGUUUCCUACAGGGUAGCCUACUGGGCGCUAUGUCGUUACCGCGUCUUGCAAUCCGACACCUGGAAGCUGUGCUCUCAAUGAAGGACAAAAUAAAGGAGAAUACAUUUUUGCUUCCGUACGCCACGGUAGAAAUCGCCAUGUCAUACUACGCUUUAGGAGAUCCAGAUCGAGCUCAAGAGUUAUUAUAUGACGCGAGAAAAAAAUACUCUGGAUACUUACUGGAAUCGCGUCUUCAUUUCCGGAUCCAUUCGAAAUUAGAAUUAAUACACGCGGGUGAAGCGAACACUGUGGUCACGGGCACGACAGCAAGUGCGGUAGCCCUAGCCAGUGUGAAUGCGAUCGCAACCGCAAGCACCAGUGCGGUUGCGAGCUCUAGCGCGAUAUCUACUGCGACCACGAGUCGUGAUCGGGGCAGGCGGGAUACGUGAGGUUGGCAGCAGGGCCGGCGGGGCAUGACCCGCGCUGCCCUGCGUGCCAUGCGGUAUUUCAUCUGCCCCGCUUUUUUCCCCGGUCAUGGACAAGCUCGUUAUGACAUCGAAUAAACCAUCUUAUCAUUUUUAAUAUUAUUUAAAUUCUGAAUGAACUUUAACUUAUGUAUUAUUGUGUGUUCGAUUUUUUAAUAAACAAAUAUAUUAUAAUGAUACAUAAGUACUUAGAUUAGGAAUGUAUAUAUGUCUACUGUAUCUGUAAUAUGUAUUUUUGUAUUAUCUCAACAAUGCAUAUGUAUUAAAUAGUUUACUUAAACAAGCUUAGUACAAAUGUGUACAAGUUAUAAACAAACACGUACUUAGGAAUUUCAUAUCUUGUAAACAUGGUUUUGAUUACUCUGUAGGCCAAUUAAAAU